AUGUUCCUCAUCAGAGCGCUCCGCUUUCGUCCUAUGGUCAUCCAAGUUGGUGAAUAUCGUGGUCUUACUCCACUGGAGCUCGCAGCCAAGUACGACCACGUAGAAAUUGCAGAGUACCUCAUCGCCCACGGUGCCGAGAACUCAGUCAAGAUUUGUAGAUACUGCUUGACGAAGAGGCCACUACAGAUAGCUCUCAACAACGGGAGUUUGAAGGCACUUGUGUCCACUAAACCACUAUCGCUACUUCAGUUCCUGGAGAAUGGACUACAUAAUGGGCUCGGAAACGAGACAACAAAGACCCUUUUGCAAUCCGCGGUGAAGUUGGGACUAGUGGAACCUGUACGGCUGAUGCUGGAGUACGGGGUGAACGUCGACGAGAAAGGCAAGUUCCGCGACACGACACCCCAAGAGAGCUGUAAACGGCAUGCAAUCACGGCUAUGCUGCUGGAGGCGGGUGCAGAUGUGAGCGUGAGAAUGGCGUAUGGACAAACCCCGCUACAGAUGGUAAUGUGUCGAGGGAACGUGGAGUUGGUGAGGAUGCUGCUCGUGCGGGCGAGGCCGAAGAUGCAUAUCAUGUGCCGGACUCCAGUAAGGGCGAGGAAGGAUCGAGGUAGGAUGGCCGGGAGGGUGGAGUGCAAGAGAAUCUUGGAUGAGGCCGGAGUUAUAACUGACGAGGAGGAAUGUCGGAGGUCUUUACGAAUUGCGCUGGGAAGGAGCGUGAUCUAG